AUGGGGGCCAAGCCGUCUAGUGCCCACGCCAAGGAAAAGAGCCCCAAGAAGAUGGGAUUCCUGAGAGGAAGGCAGAAAUUCUCCCCGUGGGAUGACACCCUGCUCUCGGGAAAGGACCCACGGUCUCUGUUGAAGCGAGGCAUGAGGCACGUCAGCUUCAGCCUGGUCACCAAGGGCAUGACAGACAUCCCUGACUUUCUGUGGGGCCUGUCCGAGGUCCAGAAACUCAACCUGUCCCACAACCAGCUGCGAGUUCUCCCUCCCGAGGUGGGGAAGCUGAGUAGGCUGGUGGUGCUGAACCUGUGUGGAAACCGUCUGAAGAACUUGCCCCGGGAGAUCAGCCUCCUGAGGAGCCUGAAGGUGCUGUUUGUAAACAUGAACCACUUGACGGAGGUGCCCCCUGAGCUGAGCGCCUGCAGACACCUGGAGGUCCUAAGCCUGUCUCACAACUGCUUGUCCCAGCUCCCCGCCAGCCUCGCAGACCUCUCCCGGCUGAGGAAGCUGAAUCUUAGCAACAACUAUUUUGUUCACAUCCCCAUCUGUGUCUUUUCACUGAAGGAGCUGAAUUUCUUGCAUGUGGGCUCUAACCGUCUGGAAAACAUCGCGGAGAGCAUCCAGUGCCUGGUCAGCUUACAGAUCUUCAUCGCAGAAAGUAACAAGAUCCACUCGUUCCCCAGGUCUCUCUGCUUACUGACAAGCCUGGAGUUGCUCAACUUGAACAACAAUGAUAUCCAGAAUCUCCCGGAAGAACUCCACCUGCUAAGUAGACUGGAGCGGAUUGCUUGGAAUCCCAUGGACAAAGGACUCCACAUUUCCCAUAACCCUUUAUCGAGGCCUCUGCCGGAGCUGGUGGAGGGGGGACUGGAGAUGCUUUUCAGCUACUUGAAGGACAAAAAGCACAACUGACGUGGGCAGCAGCGGUACAGAUGAUAGUUCAGCUCACCGAGACCCCAUCACUAGGUGUUUCUCUUGUCUAGACGUUCUGAUCUUAACUGUGUUGGUCAGGGUCUGUGCUGAUGUUCAGUUAUCAAACACCCAUUCUA